AUGGUUCUAACGGAACAGCCACAUCCUCACGGCCCCAAAACAAGAAGUACACACCCCUUAAAGACCAAAAACGGCCUUCAGCCCCCCCACAACAACCCCCAGGUCUUCCCUCCGGGACAGCAGCAGCGAAUGGGGAAGCGGCGCUACUCUCUGGGCGGCAGCUUCAAGCACCCGGGCUUCGGGAAGCGUCGUCGCCGCGCCAACAGUGACAGUCAAUCGGAUCCCGUCCUUCCCUCCAACUUCCUGUUGGGCGGGAACAUUUUCGACCCGCUGAACCUCAAUUCUCUAUUGGAUGAGGAGGUGAGCCGCGCGCUGAACGCCGAGACGCCCAAGUCCUCGCCCCUACCGGCCCGGGCCAGAGACCCCGUAGAGAUCCUGGUCCCGCGUGACAUCACAGACCCCCUGAACCUGAAGAGUGGGGGAGGAGAGGGGGAGGAAGGGGGAGGGGGAGGAGGAGGAGGAGGAGGAGGAGGAGGAGGAGGAGGGGCGCAGCCUGAACCCCCCACACAGCCUGAGGGGUCAAAGGUAGAAGCUCGGGGUGAUUCAGGGACAGGAGGUGAGGUGUUAGCUCUGUUCCCUGCUAGCGUUAGCGUCAGUGUUACCGGUGAGCUAGCUGCAGUACCGGAAGCUCCCAGAGAGGGCCUCUCCGAAAGCGUAGCGCCGCAGUCUCCUCUGCCUUACGAACUCAACACCACCAUUAACUGUCGGGAUGAGGUAGUUCCGCCCAUCCUGCCCCGGAGACACACCCACCCGCCACUCGGCUCCGCCUCUAAACCCCGUCCCCAUGGCGACGGAGCCCAUCGGCAGCGUAAACGGAGGCGUACCACCUCAACGAGGUCUGACCGUUCGUCGGUUACUCCGACCCCCGCCCUCACCGCUGCCCCACCCAACACCUUCCACACCCCCCUGGUGCCAGGGUCAGGCCUCAGAGGUCAAAGGUUAGGGUCAGUGGUGGUAGGUCAGCAGCAGGCCCAGAGCUCCUUCCGUCACAAACCCCAGAAGAAGAAAAACACGUUCCAGCACGGCAACUACAGCCGUUACUACGGCUACCACGGUUACUACGGUUACCGCGAUGGGCAGGUGGGGCGGUUCGAGGACCCUCGUCUGGGCCUGCUUCGACCCGAUUGGUUCAGAGGGAAAACGGUGCUGGACAUUGGCUGCAGCACCGGUCACCUGACCCUGGCCAUAGCACGCCAUUUUAACCCGGCCCACAUCCUGGGUAUUGAUGUGGACGGGCGGCUGGUGCACGCCGCUAGGCAGAACAUUCGCCACUUCCUGUCCGAACGACUCACACAGGACGCCAGGGGUAGGGAGGAGGGGAUGGGAGAGAGGGGAGAGAGUAAACAGAAAGCAGAGACAGCUGAGCAGAAUGAAGGAAGAACACAGAGAGGAACUAAGAUGGCGUCCGGUAUGGCUGAGAAGAAGAUGGAGGAGGAGGAGGGCCAGAACGAGAAGUGUAGCGCUCUAGAGGAACUGAAGAGAACCCUGUCGUUGCUGUCGCCCUCGAGUGGCCCCCGGGGUGUAGGUCGCCCUCUCCCUCCGUUCCCCCUCUCCUUCAGGGUGUGUCGGGGUCCCAUCGCUGCUCCCCCCCUCUUCCCCGCCUCCCCCCUGGCCCACGGAACACCUGGAACAUUCCCCAACAACGUCUCCUUCAUAACGGGUGAUUAUAUGGAGGACAGAGAACCAUGUCCUCAUGAUGGCGACGCCACCGCAGGAUAUGAUGUCAUCCUGUGUCUGGGCGUGACCAAGUGGGUCCAACUGCACGGUGGCGAUGGGGGCGUGGUCAGAAUGUUCAGACGGAUCUAUACACACCUACGACCAGGCGGUAUGCUCCUCCUGGAGUCACAACCCUGGAGCUCCUACUGCCGCAGCAAGAACAUCACGGAGACGGCGUACAGGAACUACUGCGAUAUCAGACUGAGACCUGACAACUUCUGUUGUUACCUCACCUCUACUGUGGGCUUCACCUGUUACAGACUGCUGACUGAUUCAGGAUUCCAGAGGCCAAUCUACCUGUUCCACAAAGGCCCCGCCCCAGGAAGUGACUGGGUCAAGAUGUGACACGUGAGUGCCCGAAUGCACCGCAGGAAGUGGCCCGCUGCCGAGAGCGCUGUGCGGCUCCGUGGAAACUACCGCCCAGCUGCUAUGAUUGGUGGACGCUCACCACUACCUGAACUCUGGUGGAACGUGAUUGGAUGAGAGGAGUUUCUAAUGACUCAUAACUGAUUGAUCAGUCAGUCAGCCAGACUGACCAAACUAUUAAUCAAUGAUUAGUUAGUCAAGUCCAGCAGAUUGACAGAACUUUUAACAGACUGAACUAGAAACUUCUAAACCACACAUAGUUCACGGCCAUGGAGGACCCUCCUAUCUCUCUCCCUUCCUGGUUGAGCCCUCUGCAGAGCCAGUUUCACCCUCUCUGAUUCAAUCCCACUGAAUGAACAGGGAGCCUGGAGGAGGAAGUAGAAACUAGAAACACAGAAGGAGCCAAGCGGGGCUUGAGUGUGUUUCUGCCAGUUCUUCCUCCAGUGUGUGUACGAGGAGGCAUGUUAUUAUAUAUAUGUGUGUGUGUGUGUGUUUCUGUGUGUAUGAGGGAGGUUGUAAUUGUGUGUGUGUGUGUGUGUGUGUGUGUGUGUGUAAUUAACAAGCUGAUGUUUCUUUAUUAAAGUGUUCUUCCUAGUGUGUGUUCUGAGAGGUGUGACUUCCUCCCUGCCUAAUGAGGUCAUUUCCUUCCAGACUCAUCCAUGUUUUAAACAGUAACCUGCUACAAUAAACUGUCUUCUUCUUCUGA